AUGAUAAAUCCAAAUACAAGAGUUAGUCAAUUAGAUGCUACAUUAUUAGACCAAGAAUUAUUCAAUAACUUAUCAAAACAAACACUUUCAAUAUUUAAUAAAAUUGCACCAAUUUAUAAAACUAAAUAUUCAAAUGAGAUUGAUUUUAUUCUUCGAUCAUUAUUAUUCAAAUUUACAGUAUGGGAUAAGGAUCAAUCAUAUGGACUCUUUCUACAAAAUUUGAAAUAUAAGAAUUUGAAUUUGAUUAAAAAAAUUAGUUACUAUUUGGUAUUCAUAUUAGGUUAUUACUUAUCACAAAAAUUACAAUCUUUUAUCUAUAAUGAUGAAGAUCUUGAUCCUGGGUAUGGUGGUGCAAACUCAAGAUUGAAAAAUUUCUUCAUCAAGAUUUUUAAGAAAUCAUAUAUCAACUUAUCAAAACUUUAUAAAAUUCUAUCAUUUUUGAACUUUAUUGAUUUCUUGAUAACAGGGAAGUAUCAAUCAUUGAAUUUAAGACUAUUGAACAUCAAAAUCAAUAUAUUCUCAGUGGAAUUGGCUAAAUUGAAUAAAGGUAACAUUUCAUUUGAAUUUCAAAAUCGUCAAUUAAUUUGGAAUACAUUUUUAGAAUUUAUUUUAUUCAUAUUACCAAUUUUCCAAAAUAGUAAAUUUCAAAAUCAAUUUAAGAAAUUAUUAAAUUUUAACAAAUCAUCCAAUACAAUCAACUCUAAGAGUUUAAAAUUUGAUCAUUUAACUGAAAAACAAUGUGCAAUUUGUUAUGAAAAUGGUUCUAAUAGAAUUCAUGAUUUCUUGAUUACAAAUCCUUAUAAAACAAAUUGUGGACAUAUUUAUUGUUAUAUCUGUAUUCUUACCAAAUUAGAAACAUCCAAAAACAUGGGAGAAAAUUGGGAAUGUUUAAGAUGUAAUUCUAAAGUUGAAUAUUGCAAAGCAUAUGAAGAUAUAGAUACAAAAGCUAUCAAGUUUGAGCUUGGAAGUGAUGAUGAUGAUGAAGAUGAUGAAAAAGUUGAUAGUGAAUCAGAAAUAGAAUCAGAUGAUGAAAUUAUAAACAAUGAAAAAUCAAGAUUAGUGAAUGAUGAUGAAAUGGAGAAUAAUGAUGAGGAGGAAGAUGAAGAAGAGGAAGAAAACGAUUAUGAUGAUAUUGAUCCUAAUGGUACAGGAUUAGAUGAAGGAUAUGAAGACGAUGAUGAUUAUUUUGAAGAAGCUGAUGAAUUAGGAGAAGAACUUUGA